GGUGAUUCCAUUAGUACGACCCUCGAUACAGCAGAAGCCACAGUACCGCAGUUGUUGGUUACGAGAGAACAAGUUUUGUUUUGCUUCCGGAAGAGACGUUUGGCAUCGACACUGACCUUGUGAGCGGAUCUUUGCACCGUAAAUCACCACUACUGAGCGCUGCAGCGUUUUUGGAUUCAGCUCCAGAAUGAUCGAAGGAAGAUUGUAGUGACACUUUGGACACAGAAGUUCGAGCGACUAGAGCAAUAGUGUAAAAUGGUGAUCAUCAAUUGUAUCGUUUGGCUUGGGGUGGCGAUGUGGAUGGUGCUGGCAGCUCCGGCGAUCAACACCGAUCGAUACGAGGUGACAGCUGUCCUCUGGCGGAUGGUGCCGGGAUGGGUGUCUGCCGACACCACGCUUCCUGUCUAUCGCUAAAGACUACCCCACAGAAGGACUGGGUGACGUGUUCGUUCGAUCGCGAUCAGCCAAUCGUGUGCUGUCAGAACACCACCAACACAGUAGGAGGAUCGGCAAUUUCCAAGCUAGGUACGGUUCUCGUACAGCGAUCAUCCUCGAUUGCCGAACGGAUGUGCGACAGUUUCCCGCCGACUUCGGCUCUAACUAACCACAUCUUCAACGGGAUCGAGGCAGCCCUGAACGAAUUCCCUCAUAUGGCGGCACUGGGAUAUCCCGCUAAAGGAGAAGAAACCCCGUUUCGCUGCGGAGCUAGUCUCAUCUCGAGUCGCUUCCUUCUUACCGCUGCCCAUUGUCUGAGUCCUCAGAAGCCUACCUACGCGCGACUUGGUGUGGUCAAACUGAUCGAUUACGACACCAAUGAUCCUCCCGUUGACGUCGUCAUCGAGCAAACCUUCAUCCACCCCAACUACACCGGUCGUCCUCUGAAGAAUGACAUCGCCCUACUUCUGCUGAACCGCACUAUAACCGAGAAUUUCCUCCACCCGGCCUGUCUUUUCACCAACUACACCGACCCGGACUCAGACACCUUCCUCACUAUCGCCGGCUGGGGCAGUACCGAUCCCAACGACGUCAGCACCUCCCCGAUCCUUCUGAAAGCCAACGUAACCACCCUACUCCGAGAUACCUGCAACAGCACCUUAGCCCAGAACAAAUCCGGCCGGCGAAGUCCCAACGAGCUUCAGGAAAGUCAACUGUGCGCCCUGGGACGUAACGCCCAAAACGAAACCACCGGCGAUACCCGGGUGCGGUGAUUCCGUGGGCCGCUGAGCUGGU